AUGAGUUACGCUGAAGCUGCCGCAUCUUCUGGACCCGCUGGAGCCAAAAAGAUCCCCUCGCCUCCUCAAGUUGAAACCACCAUAGAACCAAAAGGCAACGUUGAGGUUGUCCCCGAGGAGGAGUUUGAGAAGUUGAAGAAGGAUGCAAAGGUCAAGGUUAACGAAUUGAAGAAGGAUGCUAAGGAGAAAAAGGAGCAAUUGUCUAAGAAGGCAAAGGAAUGGGAAGAUGAAGGUGCCAGUUUCUUAAAGAAGGUUUGGGAUCAGAUUGUGCUUACUGCAUCUCAAACAAAGGAACUGGUUUAUUCUUUCACUUCCAAUAUCGUCCCUCAAACUCAAGUAGCUGCGGAUCGUGCUUUGGUUGAAUUGCAAAACCCAGUUGUGGUUGUACAAGGAUUGUUGGGUAUUACUGCUGCUAUUGCGGGUUACUUUGGUAUUAAGGAAUGUCACAGAAUACACUCUGAAAGUAAAUUGGUUAUUGGUGUGCAUGCUGCUAUUAUCACAGGUUUGAUCACAGCAGAUUCGUUUUUCUUCAACAAGUACUAUCCUGUUUACGACAAGAAGGGUACCAUUUGA